AUGACUUCCACCACAGCCCCCGUCACCCUCGGCUUCCACACCUCCGAACAAGUCCCCUUCUCUCCACAAUCCCCCAACAUGUCCCCCACAACUGAACUAUUCAGUCAGUCCGACAGAAUGGUCACCCUCAUUGAUUUGCCUGGCAAUCACCGUUAUGUCCGCACUGCCCUCCGAGGACUCACCGGCUACCACCCCGACGUGGGUCUGGUCGUGGUAUCCGAGGACCACAGGACUGGUCUGCCUGUCCACGUCCAAAUUGGAGUGCUUCUGGGCAUGGGAGUGCGCAUAGUCGUGGUCAUCAACAAGAUUGAUAUGCUCAGUCCUGACACUCAGGCAGUCACCGAUAUGUUAGGAGUGCUCGCCUCUCUCGGACUGAAUGGAUGGGAGGUGACCCACUCCUCUCAGUUGGACACAUUCUUUGAGGGUGACCAGUCGGGUGUGCCUGUCAUCCCCCUCUCGUCCUACACGGGCACCAACCUCCACCUCCUCCUUCACUACAUGGCUCUCCUCAGACCCCCCAUCCACCACUAUUCCCACCACGUCGAAUUGAGAAUAGUCAAAGUCUUUCGGGGCAACAAAUUGAUUGUGGGGGGCACUCUCCGUCGGUAUAUCUCCCACGUGAUGUUAGGGGUGUCCUCUCCGUGGGGCAACAGUUGCAUGUGGGUCCCUUUGAGGACGGGAUAUUUCACUCAGUCGUGGUCGACAGUCUCCACCGGUGGAAAGUGCCCUGCAAUACUCUCACCUCGGUGA